AUGCUGCCCAAGCACGCAGCGGUCCUGCGCACGAGCGGGGCCACCAGCCGGCCUGUCAGCCACAGCGGCAGCGCGCCGGGCUCGCUGGGGGUGGAGUGCCUCCCCCUGCUGCCAGGCCCUGCCAAGGCCUGCGGUGCCAAGGAGCCGCGGCAGGCAACCAGCGCGGUGGCGGCGUGCGUGUUCCUCACCCUCACUUACUUGGCAGCUUAUUGGAUCAGCCUGAUGGGAGGCAGCCACUCCCGCGACCUCGCCUUCAUCAACGCCCACCUCAACCUCAUUGCCCGCUGCCUGAUCACCGCCAUCCUGGCCUUCACCGCCGCCGUGUGGGCCGCCAGGCUGCUGGGGCCGUGGGCGUGGCGCGCGCGUGGCGCCCUGGCCGCCGCCCACCUGGCGCUGCUAUGCUACGACCACGGCCAGGACUUCCAGGCGCACGGCUUCUACAAUUGGAUGCUGUUCCUGGUGGUGGCACUGCCCCUCAACAUGCUGCUGCUGGGCCUCUUCCUCUGGUACACAUCCAUGCGGCCCCGCCAGUUUGCAGCGUCCCUGCUGGGGACGGGAGCCGCGGCGGCGCUGGCGGUGGCCCUCGCGCUGCUGCACUACCAGCACAUUGCGCACCGGGGCUUCAUGGGGCGCUCACUGAACUUCUGGACCGGCAGCCAGCAGUGCCCGCCCAUCCGUGGCUUCGAUGCAACCUUCUCCUCUGCCGGCCUCCUCACCAUCUCCGGCUGCCCAGCCGGCGCGGCCACGGGCUACACACGCUUCCCCGAUACUCGGAUGUGGAGCGUGGAGCAGAAGACGCACCUGGGCGCAGCGUACCAAGUGAACGUGCUCAAGCUGCUCAAGGAGGAGCCUUACACCGCGCCGGUGCAGCUAUCGGGCGUGGAGGCGGUGCUAGCCCGCUGCGGCGAACAGGAGCGUCUGCUGACCCGCAUAGCCGCCGUGAGGCAGCGCCUGCCGCCAGAGCCGCCGCUGGCGCUGCGCCCUGGGGCAGCCGGCAGCGAUGGCGGACAAGGCAGCGGCAGCAGCGGCGGUGGCACCGAGGAGGCCGGCAGGCCCGCCGGCGGUGCCGCAUCCGGCGGCCAGCCGGAGCGCCUCAACGUGCUCAUCCUGUUCCUGGAUUCGCUGGGCCGCCGCCACUUCUUCCGCCGCAUGCCGCGGUCGGCGGCGGCGGUGGAGGCGGUGGCGCGGCGCGGCGCCUCCUCGCUGCACCAGUUCUUCCGGUACCACGUCACCGGCUUCCACACAGAUCCCAACACCCACGUCAUGUACACGGGGUCACCCUUUGAGAACCAGCGCGCACAGCCCUUCUGGCACGCCUACCGCCAGGCCGGCUACGUCAGCGGCUCCGUUUACAACUUGUGCGAAGACUGGGGCGCGGAAUACGACAGCAUGCGCACGCCUCAUGACCACGAGCUGGUGGCGCCCUUCUGCCUGCCCGAGUACCACCCGGUGACCUUGGACGGCGAGCCGUACCAGAUGUUCAAGGGCGCGUUCUCCAUCCUGCGCCGCUGCCUGCGGGGCCGCCACGUGCACCAAUACAACUUCGACUACUCCCGCGCCUUCAUGGAAGCCUACCAGGGCGUGGCGCCCUGGCUGCUCAUCUCCUCCUUCCACGAGGGACACGAGGGCACGGGGGAGGUGCUGGGCACCGUGGAUGCCGACCUGGCUGCUUUCCUCCUGGGCCUCACCGAUGAGCAGCUCAACUCCACCGCGGUACUGCUGGUAUCUGACCACGGGAUGACGAUGGGCAUCAAUUACAUGCUCACGCAGAACGGGCGGAUCACGGAGCACAAGAUACCGCUGCUGGCCAUGCUGCUGCCUGCCUGGGUGGGGGAGCGGUAUCCCGCGCAGGCGGCGGCGCUGGCCGCCAACGAGCAGCGCCUGGUCAGCGGCUACGACCUGCACGCCACGCUGCACCACCUGCUGCACCUGGGGGAGUCGGACGUACCGCCGGAACAGCAGUACGACAGCUGGCGCGUGGCGGGCAACGUCGCCGAGUCGGUGCGGUGGGGCGUGUCGCUGCUGGCAGAGGUACCUGCAGGGCGGAACUGCGAUGAGGCGGGCAUACCGCCCGACUUCUGCCAGUGCUUUGCCCCGUAG